UUACAUCUACCUUUUACAUUGAGAGUGGGAAGACUGUGACUUUAAACGUGACUAUACAAGGAAACCCUGAAGAAAUCUUGUGGAAAUACAAUGGAAACAAGUUAGCAGAGCGUGAUUUGAUUGGUUUUGAAGAUUACGGUCAGUUCAAGGGACGAUCGAGGAUUAAUAUGACCUCUGGUCAGCUCACUGUUCGUAACGUGACCCGCCGUGACAGCGGCUCUUAUGAGUCUGAAAUACAGAUCAGCGGAAAGCUGCAAAUGUCUAAACAUGAAGUCAGAGUCAUUGGGUCACAAAUGAGCACAAAUGAGAUGUGUGUUUCCAUCAGACGCAGUGCAGAAGCCCAGUGUGAGCUGUAAAGUGAACAAAACAACAGAAUCUACAACCCUGCAGUGUUCAGUGCCGGACCCGCAGUCUGUGACCUACAGAUGGACCACGGCACAUUCAGAUUCAGAUCAACACUUGGGUCCGCAGCUCCAGAUCAGCAGAGACCAGGAGCCGGACUCGGUUUAUACCUGCACCGUGAGCAAUCCUGUCAGCCGGAAAAACACCAGCGUGACCCUGAGAGCCUGCGGCACAGAUAAGUCUGCUCUGAAGACCAUUCUCAUUGGAAUUUUAGUCAGCACUGCUGUGAUUGUAUUGAUCGCUGUGAUUAUCUGCCUUCUACAAAGGAGGACAGGUCUCAGAUAUGAAGCAAGAAAAAUACGAAUACGGAGGACCCACAAAACAAGCAAGUCUAAAAAGAUGUUUUAUUGUUGAAUGUGAGAGUUGUCUGCUCUUUAAUAUGGCCGUUCUGUUCAUUAUCUCUGCUUCUGUUUACUUCUCAUAGUAACAGCAUUCUGUGCUGCUUCACAAAGUGCACAUAAAUCUGCUCUGGCAACGUUAUUUAUUAAUUUAAUUAUUUAUUUUACACCCACAAAUAA